AAAAUUAAGUACCACCAAGUUAGCGUUGACAUAGAAAAACGCACGUCGGGAAGUUCCUCUAUAACCCUACCGGCCUACCCCCAUCUCGCCUUCGGAUAAUCUUCAAUACUCCCCCCCCAAGAAAGCAUCAAUAUAAAUCACAAAACCUUCCUUGAGAGCAGAUCAACAAACAAACUCAACAAUCCUUUCAAUUCCCCCCAUUCCCUUUUGACCCUCCUCCGCCUCCACACGCUUCCAGACUCCUCUCCAGCCCUUCCCGCAUCUGGGUUUUACUCGACGCCCAAAUCCCUGAUCUGGGUCAUCGUUUUUUCCCUCUAUAAACACUUUUCCUCAUCUGGGUGUGUACCAUCAGAAUCAGAAGAUAUGAGGAAGAGAGAGAGGGAGAACCCGUGCGGGGUCUGCGGGCACUACCACAAGUACGAGGAAGGCGAGGUAUGCGGGGUCUGCGGCCACCGCAUGCCGGUCGUGGCGGAAAAAUCUUCGCUCCAACUCAGUGCUUUCCCGUCCGAGAUAUUGCCGGAGUUUCUUUACCUGGGCAGCUACGACAAUGCGUCGAGGUCCGAACUUCUCAAGACUCAGGGGAUUUCUCGGAUUCUGAAUACGGUACCAUCUUGUCAAAAUCUUUACAAGAACUCAUUUACUUAUCAUUGUCUCCAAGAUGACAAAAGUCUACCCUUUGAUGAUGCCAUCCAGUUUCUAGAUCAGUGUGAAAAGGACAGGGCACGUGUUCUUGUUCACUGCAUGUCUGGAAAAAGCAGGUCGCCAGCUUUUGUCAUAGCUUACUUGAUGAAGAACAAAGGAUGGAGACUUGCACAGAGUUACCAGUGGGUGAAGGAACGGAGACCAUCUGUUGAAUUAAAUCAAGCCGUGUACCAACAAUUACAGGAGUAUGAGCAGAUGAUAUUUGGUUCAAGUGAUGUCAACAGCAAUCCUGUCUUACCAGUCUUCCAGUCAUUCAGCUUUGGCUUCCCGAAACCAAACGAUGCGAUUCCUCUCCCCACUUUCAACAAUCUAGGCACGACAUCCAUAUUUGCUCGUCCAAAUUCGGACAGCAUGCCUCAUGAGUUCACUUUCGGAGCUGGCCAGACUCAAAUGAAUUCUUCCGGAGUCCCUUUCGCAGAAAAUCAACAAAAUCCGAAUAGUAACGAUAUUUCUAUGGAUGGUUCUUGAUUUCCCAGCUCUUCAUUCCGUUCUUUCCCCGACAUAAAUGGUUGAACAGAAGUCGGUGCUGCCCUAACUCUGAUGAGUUUUUAAUCGAAAAGUUUGAAUGUAAAGUGGCAAAAAAUGCUGGACUUUUUGUUUCUAAGGUGUGACAUGCAGUACAUUAUGGGGUGAGUUUCUUGAAUCAAAGGUUGUGGAAAUGGAAGGAUCUCAUUCCUCAAUACUUUUGCGGGAUUACUAGAAAUUUUUUGCGCGAUUGUCGGAUGAACGUGUUCGUAUUGGCAAUUGCAUAAGUGAAAGGGAAAAUAUAAGACAUUGUUAGUUGUUUUUAUUUAAUAUAUCUGUUUAAUUUUUCCC